AUGGCUUUCGACGGCAUAGAGAAAGCCAUCCGGCGCCUGUUCCGACAGUACGGCAGGUUCUUGGCCCGCCACCCGUUGUCGUUCCUGCUCUUGUCCAUACUGGUGGCCGGUGGGCUGGGUGCAGGGAUGUAUUUCCUGGACACAGAGUCGAGCCUGGAAGACUUGUACGCACCUGACAACGCCCGGGGCAAGACGGAGCGAGCGUACGUACAGCAGCACUUCCCAACAAACGACUCCGCAACCUUCCAGGCCACCCGUCUGAUCAACUUGGGCAGAUCUGCAAGCGUGAUCAUAACAAGUAAAGGUUCUAACGGCAAUGUACUGAGCUCGACGACCCUGGCAGCAAUCGACUCAUUCAACACAGCUAUCAAGGGGAUACAAGCUGAAGUGUCUGGAAAAAACUAUUUCUAUACAGAUCUAUGCUCCAGGUGGGGUACGCAGUGUCAGGUUAGUGGGGAGGAUUUCCUUGAUUCGCGUUUUCGGAAGAACGACAGCAUGGCGAUCAGGUACCCGCGAACAGACCUGCCGGGCGGGUCCGUGGUUUUCUCCGCAGGCACACUUGGUAGCCCUACCCUAAAAACAGGCACCGACAUCGUCAAAACGGCGAAGUCCUUCCGGCUGGAUUACCACCUGCGCACUGACUCGCCAUCAGACGACAAGCUGAGCGAAAAGUGGGAGCUGGCGGUGCUGUCCUACAUGGAAAAAUUCAAAUCGAACUAUAUCAACGUGUGUUACUCAACGUCAGUCGCCCUGGAGUCGGAGCUCGCCGCUCUGACAACACGCGUCAUCCCGCUGUUCUCCAUCACCUUCACGGUCCUCAUCACCUUCUCCAUCCUCUCCUGUAUGAUGCUGGACAUGGUCCGCACCAAGCCGUGGCUGGGCAUGCUCGGCGUCCUGUCCGCAGGCAUGGCCAUCGUGGCGUCCAUGGGGUUGUGUCUGUACUGCGGGGUCAAGUUCAACAGUGUGGUGGCCGCCAUGCCGUUUUUAGCACUGGGUAUCGGUGUGGAUGACUUGUUCGUCAUGCUGGCGGCCUGGAGGAAGACCCAUCCCGGAGGCAGCGUGGAGGAUCGGAUGGGAGAGACGUACGCGGAGGCUGCGGUCUCCAUCACCAUAACAACCGCCACGGACGGACUGGCGUUCGGCAUCGGCGCCAUCACCCCCAUCCCGGCAGUCCGCGCUUUCUGCAUCUUCACGCUAACGGCCGUGCUCUUUGAUUAUCUGUUCCAGAUCACCUUCUUCGGCGCCUGCAUGGUGUACAUAGGGCACCGCGAGAAGGGUAACCGCCACGCUAUGACGUGCAUGCGGGUACCUACUCCGAAGGAAGCGAAGGGCAGGUCCGGCUGCUUCCGCGCCAUGUGCACGGGGAACGCGAUGGCAGGAGUGGGCGAGAAAGGAGAGUAUCACGACAGCGAUCACGCUGUCAUGGUCUUCUUCAGGAAGCAUUUCGGUCCCUUCAUCACCAAAUGGUGGGUCAAAGUUAUCGUUCUGCUUAUCUAUGGCGCGUACCUGGGCUGUGCUAUCUGGGGAUGCACGCAGGUGCGACAGGGGAUAAGGCUCAGCAGGCUUGCGGCCGACGACUCGUACGUGGUCGACUUUUACGACAAACAAGAUCAGUACUACGGGGAAUACGGCCCAAGAGUAGCUGUCAUAAUCGCGCAGCCUCUUAACUAUUGGGAGGAAAGCACAAGAGAUCAGGUCGAAAAGCUUCUCGCGAAAUUUGAGGACACCGACUACACGUUUGGCAAAACUGAGUCGGAGUCGUGGUUGCGCGACUACCUCGCGUUCGUCAACCAAUAUUCAGGCGCCAUACCCGGCCUGAGCGCUGCCACCAAAUCCUCCUUCCUCUCAAAUCUGUACGAUCCGUUUCUAAAGAAUGCCGCCUUUGAGAGGUACUCACUGGAUAUAGAAUUCAAUGGAGAUAAAAGUGCCAUUGUGUCCUCUCGCUUCUUUGUACAGACCAAAAACAUGGUUAACUCAGACAGAGAGCAAGUCAUGAUGCUCAAGAUGCGAGAGAUAGCUGGUGUGGAGUGGAGGCUGCGCAGCAGGUCCGCACCCCUUACUCGUUGGGAUUAA